UUCGUGGGUUGUGCAGCCACACAACGUUUCACUCCCUCGACGAGUCCGUCGCCAUUCACCAACCCCAAAAAUCUCGAUUUAUAGCUUUCAUCUGCUUGCAUCUCUAAAUCCUGAUUUUUAUCAAAACCCUUUCACAAUUUCUAUUUCUCUCAAAACUCAUCAAUGGAGGCUGCUGCUCUCUCGCGUAUCGGCCUCGCCGGACUUGCUGUCAUGGGCCAAAACCUAGCGCUCAACGUCGCAGAGAAAGGGUUUCCGAUCUCCGUUUACAACAGGACUACCUCGAAAGUCGAUGAGACUCUAGAUCGAGCUCAUAAUGAAGGCCAGCUUCCGUUAACUGGCCACUACACUCCUCGCGACUUCGUUCUUUCGAUCCAGAAGCCCCGAUCUGUCAUCAUCCUUGUGAAGGCAGGCGCGCCGGUUGACCAGACGAUUGAGGCGUUGGCGGCUCAUAUGGAACCAGGAGACACGAUCAUCGACGGAGGUAACGAGUGGUACGAGAACACCGAGCGACGAAUCGUCGAAGCGGAAAAUAGAGGAUUGCUUUAUCUAGGAAUGGGAGUCUCCGGCGGCGAAGAAGGGGCGCGAAAUGGGCCGUCUUUGAUGCCAGGUGGGUCUUACGAAGCUUAUAAUAACAUUAAAGAUAUCGUUGAAAAAGUUGCUGCUCAGGUUGAAGAUGGACCUUGUGUUACAUACAUUGGAGAAGGCGGGUCUGGUAACUUCGUUAAAAUGGUUCAUAAUGGAAUCGAAUAUGGUGAUAUGCAGUUGAUUUCUGAAGCUUAUGAUGUUUUGAAAAACGUUGGUGGGUUAAGCAACACCGAAUUAGCUGAAAUCUUUGACGAAUGGAACAGAGGCGAAUUAGAAAGCUUCUUGAUUGAAAUCACAGCUGAUAUCUUCAAGGUGAAAGAUGAACAUGGUGAAGGUGAGUUAGUGGACAAAAUUCUUGACAAAACAGGGAUGAAAGGAACCGGUAAAUGGACAGUCCAGCAGGCUGCUGAACUCUCCGUCGCCGCCCCCACCAUCGCCGCCAGUCUUGAUUGCCGGUAUCUGAGCGGGUUAAAGGACGAACGAGAGGAUGCGGCCAGGAUACUGGCGGCAGCAGGGCUGAAGGAGGAGGUGGGAACAGUGAGAAGUGGGAUUGACAAGAAGAGAUUGAUAGAUGAUGUGAGGCAAGCUUUAUACGCUUCUAAGAUCUGUAGUUAUGCUCAAGGAAUGAAUCUUUUAAGGGUAAAAAGCAGUGAAAAGAACUGGAACUUGGAUUUUGGAGAAUUAGCUAGAAUUUGGAAAGGAGGGUGUAUUAUCAGAGCUGUGUUCUUGGACAGAAUCAAGAAAGCAUACCAGCGGAACCCUAAUCUUGCAAGCUUGCUGGUGGACCCUGAUUUCGCGAAGGAAAUGGUGCAGAGGCAGGCGGCAUGGCGGAGGGUGGUGGGGCUGGCAAUAUCCGCCGGAAUCAGUACACCUGGCAUGUGUGCCAGCUUGACAUAUUUUGACACGUAUAGGCGUGCUAGGCUUCCUGCAAAUCUUGUUCAAGCUCAAAGGGACUUGUUUGGAGCUCAUACUUAUGAAAGGAUUGAUCGUGAAGGAGCUUUUCACACUGAAUGGACAAAGCUUGCGAGGAAGAAGGCUUGAAAGAGGUUGAUCAAAAAAUGGUAACUCUUUUUUUUUUUUUUGGUGGUGAAAUGAACUUUCUUGUUUUUGCUUCUUGAAUUAUGUGGUUGGUGUAUUUCUUGAUGAGGAGGAUGAUUAUUGAUUCUCUCUAUUCGGGCAUAGCAAUUGUUGUAGAAUUUUCUUUGCAUUAUUAAUAAGUUUUGCAUGCCAUUGAAGCAUAUUUUGUGUUU